GAGUUGCUCGCCCAGCCAAGCGACGACCGGCUGUGGGCGGCAGACUUGCCGCCCGUGGACGACCUGUCGGCCGGGGAGGUGGGCGCCGCCCUGGACAGCCUGAUCGGGAAGGUCCUGUCCUCUCAGGGGUGCUGUUUAGCGUCGAAGUUGUUGUCCGCGCAGCUUGUGCGGUUUUCAUGA